UAGCAACACAACCACAGUGGCGCUUUGCUGGUCUGUCAGUGGGCAUGAGAAACACUUUAAAGUUUAUUUUUUAUGUCACACAAAUCUCCAGAAAUAACCGCAAAGGUUUCGCUCCGAGGGUGACAUUGUCUAGACCAUGCCCUACGACCCCAACCCUCCUCCGGCUAAAAAAUUCAAGCCGGGGUCUGGUUUUUUCCGUCUCGACAGGAAUAAACCUGGAAUGCUGCUGCCUAGAAAGGGGAAUGCCACCAUUCCGAUAGACGUCCAGAGGAAACAGCUUCCAAUCUACCAGGCGAAGCCCCAGCUCCUGAACCAGCUGCGACAGCUCCCCAAUGCUAUUCUCAUCGGGGAGACUGGCUCUGGGAAGACCACUCAGAUCCCCCAGUACCUGUAUGAGGCCGGCAUCGGGCGACAGGGCAUCGUUGCCAUCACUCAGCCCCGCAGGGUGGCUGCGAUCUCACUGGCAGCGAGGGUGGCGGAGGAGAAGAAGACUCAGCUCGGCAAGCUGGUCGGCUACUCGGUGCGCUUUGAGGACGUCACGUCCUCCGAGACGAAGCUGAAGUUCAUGACAGACGGUAUGCUCCUGCGCGAGGCCAUCGGCGACCCCUUGCUGCUGCGCUACACCGUGGUGGUCCUGGAUGAGGCUCACGAGCGCACCGUGCACACAGACGUGCUGUUCGGCGUGGUUAAGAUGGCUCAACGCAGGCGCACAGAGCUGAACAAGAUUCCCCUGAAGGUCAUAGUGAUGUCGGCCACGAUGGAUGUGGAUUUGUUCUCCGAGUACUUCAAUAAGUCACCUGUGCUGUACCUGGAGGGCAGGCAGCAUCCCAUCCAGAUCUACUACACCAAGCACCCCCAGUCCGACUACCUGCAGGCUGCGCUUGUCUCUAUCUUCCAGAUCCAUCAGGAGGCCCCUCCGUCCCACGAUAUCUUAGUCUUCAUGACGGGUCAGGAGGAGAUCGAGGCUCUGGCCAGGACGUGCCGGGACAUCUCUAAGCAUCUGCCGGACGGCUGCAGCCCCAUGCUAGUUAUCCCUCUGUACGCCUCGCUGCCCCCGGCACAGCAGCUCAGGGUCUUCCAGCCGGCUCCCAAGGGAUGUAGGAAGGUCAUCCUCUCCACCAACAUUGCAGAGACGUCGGUCACAAUCUCUGGGAUCAAGUUUGUCAUAGACACAGGGAUGGUGAAGGCCAAGCGCUUCAACCCUGACAGCGGGCUGGAGGUGCUGGCCGUGCAGCGGGUCUCCAAAGCCCAGGCGUGGCAGCGGACUGGCCGAGCCGGCAGGGAGGACUCCGGCUCUUGCUAUCGCCUCUACACCGAGCUGGAGUUCGACAACCUCAUCCCCAUGACCGUGCCCGAGAUCCAGAGGUGUAACCUAGCCAGCGUGAUGCUUCAGCUCAUGGCUCUGGGGGUUCCAGACGUGACACAUUUUGAUUUUAUGUCCAAGCCUUCGCCAGAGGCCAUCCGCUCUGCUGUGGAGCAUUUAGAGCUGCUGGGGGCCGUCGAGAGGAAGGAGGGGCAGGCUUUCCUCACCGUUCUGGGAAAGAAGAUGGCAAGCUUCCCUCUGGAGCCCAGAUAUGCCAAGACCAUCCUGCUGUCCCCCGACUUCUCCUGCGGCGAGGAGAUUUUGAGCAUCGUGUCUCUGAUGUCGGUGGACACCGUGCUGUUUAACCCUCCCGCCCGGCGGGAGGAGGUGCUCGCCGCACGCAAGAAGUUUGCCUCCAGCGAAGGAGACCACGUGACGCUGCUCAACAUUUACAGGGCGUUCAAGAAAGUCAGCGGCAACAAGGAGUGGUGCCGGGAAAACUUUGUCAACAGCAGGAACAUGGGGCUGGUGAAAGACGUCCAGGCUCAACUCCGAGAUAUCUGCCUUAAGCUCAACAUGAAGCUGGAGUCGUGCGGGGCGGACACGGGGAGCGCCCGUCGCUGCCUUGCCCAUGGGCUGUUCGUCAAUGCAGCCGAGCUGCAACCCGAUGGCAGCUACCUGGCCCUGGACACCCACCAGCCCGUGGCCAUCCACCCGUCCUCCGUCCUGUUCCAGGCCAAGCCGGCCUACGUGGUCUUCAACGAGCUGCUGCACACGACCCGCUGCUACAUGCGGGACCUGUGCUUGGUGGACGCCGACUGGCUGAUGGAUGCGGCGCCGGAGUACUUUGGCCGCAAGCUCCACCCCUCCAGGAGCUAACCAAUGGAGAGACGCGACCGGAGUGAACACCCUUCCCUUCCUCAAAUCCCUCAGUGGCGAUAAAACUGGGAAAUGUAAUCAAAUUCACAAUGAUGAAUUUGGAGGGGAUGCUUUUUGAUUUUAAUACAACACUUUUCUGUGCAGUUAACUUGUGUGAAUCUCACUACCUCCCAGCUGACGAGCAUUUGGAACGCGUCACUGCAGCACAGAUCUGCACAUCGAGGCCUCACAACUUUGACUUCCUGUCAUUCAGAUUUUAUGUCCUGUGUUUUCUCUGCUUGGCAGUAUUUGAUCUGGCCAACUGAAAAGAAAUAAAAAAGAUGUCACGCA